ACCAUUUCUGUGUCCAAACCUGACCCAAAACUGCCUUGCAGUCUAUGAGCGUGUCCAUCUCAAUCCCAAAGCGAGAGAUAAGACUCCACCUCCACCUCCACCGGUCCUUCUUCCUGUAUCUGUUCAUGUGGAGCUCCACCAAGAUAACAAGCAAUUACUUCAAUAUUACCCCAGACCGGUAGUUUAUUGUUGAGGAUUGCAGGACCGCCUUAUCUGCUGGGGUUAACUCCACCAGCUGUGGAUAUCUGGUCUAUUGGUAAAUUUCCUGUUGUCAGCACGGGUUAAAAUCACCAGGUACAGAUGCCGGAAGAAUUUCCCGGGUCUCUGCAACCCUGUGGCCGUACUCCGCUGCGCCCGGGACAUCUGACAUCUUUCUUCACUCACUCGUGGGCUCGCAGGGUAUUAUAUCAAUGUUGGCUAAUAUCGCACCCACGGUGCAUGUUCAGCUGCUCAGGCUAUACCGUGCGAGAGACUUGGAAGAGGCGCUGGCACCGGUGGCUCAGCUUGCACCUGCUAGCAGAGUACUGUCUAAGGCUGUUAUUGCUCAUUAUUCUGGCUAUGGUUCUGCCAGGGCGUGCCUGGUUGCUCGCCCUAAUAUAGGGAGUCUCGAUGAGUUUGUCGGGAUGUUUGCCGAGGUUAUUGGGCUGGAGCAGAGCAUCUGAAAGGUAGCAAUUCCUCUCGUCGAAGUAUAUAACUUUGCUAUCCGUAAUUGCGGUGGAAUGGGCUAGUGAUAUGAAGCAGUUUAACCUCGUGGCCGCCAAGUUUGCGCGAUUCAAGUCGGAGAUUCAGGCUGGAUACUUUCAGCUGAUAACAGCUCCAUCGGCCCACAGAAGGAUCCUGUCGCCAGUAACCGUCUCAACGUCUGCUCCACUAUGUACACCAAGGAAUAGUCCAACGGCUUCGGAGGUUUUACUGACUGACUUGUAAUAAUUGUCAAGUGUGGUUUGGAUAAUCA